CCGAAGCCCAGUUGCUGUUGAUUGCUGUGUAGGCGUCGUUAGAGUGUGUGGAAUAGAGUGUUUUUGCGAAGCAUAUUUGUUUUGAAUAGAUAAAACGUGGGCUUCUUUACUAUUAUGGUAAUUUCUUGGGGACCGGAGGCGUCGACCCACGAACCGUUAUGGGGAAAAGGGCAGGAGGUCGCCUCACGAUCGGCAAGUAAAUUCUAAGCCAACACGUCUAGAUAAUGUCGGAUUCGAGAUACGCGACUCUCGCACAUUUCCUAAGAUGGAAAAAGGGCUCGGCAGUUAACCGAUUCCUGGCGAUAUGGCUUAUUCUGAUACUGAACUGUGCAACGAGAAUCGCGGCACGAACGACGGCCGCGGGGAACCAGUGUCCGGUGGAGUGCAAGUGUCUCGGCGUCUUGGUAGACUGCAGUGGUCUUCGACUGGUUGGCACACCAAAUGGUCUGCCACCAUGGACAGUUACCUUGGACCUGACGGCCAACAAUCUGAGCAACAACAUCGCCCUGUCGGAUUUGCCGCAGUUGAAGUGGCUGAAAUUGAACGAGAAUCAGCUGUCACGGAUCCCGGAACUUCCGUUCCUCGAGAGCGUGAACCAUUUGUCGCUAACGCAGAAUUCAAUCAGCGAGAUCAAUGGAAGCGCCCUUCGACGUUUACCGGAUCUUCGGAAUCUUGAUCUCAGUGUCAACAAGUUGACGGCCUUGCGGAGGGGGUCCUUCCUCUCUUCAAAUCGGUUGACACAUUUAAAUCUGAAUAUGAAUCAGAUCAGCUCCAUAGAGAACGGAAGCUUGGACAACCUGACGGAGCUCGAGGAACUGCGACUCAAUAAAAAUCGUCUGACACAGUUGAAAGACCUUUUUACGAACCUAGGCAAUCUCCGCGUGCUCGAGUUGAACAAGAAUAAUCUACAUCAGAUUCAAGGAUUAAGCUUGAAGAACUUGAAAAGUCUCCUGGAGCUGCGACUGAAAAGGAAUAAAAUCGAGAGGCUGAACGACGGCGCUUUCUGGCCGUUAAAGAACUUACUUGUACUCGAGCUGGAUUACAAUUUACUCUCGGAAGUUAAGAAGGGUGGUUUGUUUGGACUUGAUCAUCUUCAAAAGCUUACCAUGUCGCACAAUCGAAUCUCCACGAUAGAGACGCAGGCGUGGGAUAUGUGCAAGGAAAUAAUAGAACUGGAUUUGUCGAAUAACGCGAUAAGCUCGAUAGAGCGGGGAUCGUUUGAAUUUUUGGGGAGGUUGGAGAUACUGCGGAUGGACUACAACGAGAUCACGCAUAUUUCCGACGGUGCAUUCAACAACACUCCAAACCUGCAGAUACUAGAGCUGAACUCUAAUAAGAUAUCGUACAUGGUAGAAGACACUAGUGGUGCUUUCGGACCCCUUGGUCAAUUGUUAAAAUUGGGCUUGGCCGAUAAUCGUAUCAAGUCCAUUAAUAAGAACGCAUUUACUGGAUUGACUCGCGUCAAGGAACUCGACCUGACGGGGAACAAUAUUACGAGCAUUCAAGAGAAUGCUUUCGUGUCUGUGCCGAGCCUUACGAAACUCAAGAUGAAUACAGGUGCUCUAGUAUGUGACUGCGGUCUGCAAUGGCUCAGUGUUUGGCUGCGAACUCACGACUACGAGGAUGCCGAAGUCAGCUGUGGCUAUCCACAUUGGCUGCAGGGUAUGCAGCUAACUCAAUUGCACCACGAAAAUUUUACGUGUGAUGAGUUUCCGAAGCCUCGAAUUAUCGAGGAGCCGGUCAGCCGAUUGGGCAUCAUGGGCCGCAACGUGACUAUGACUUGUCGAGCAAGUAGCACGUCGGAUUCACCAUUGCGGUUCACUUGGAAGCGCGACAACGUCGAAUUGAAGAAUGGCAAUUUUCAAACGGACAGCGAUUCUUCGAACGGAACCGUCAACGAAGCAAUUUCGAUCCUCUGCUUGACCAAUUUGACACGUAACGACACUGGGAAAUACCAAUGCAUGGUUUCCAAUGCUUAUGGAACAACGUACUCAUCGAAGGCCAAACUUACCGUCUUAGUUUUCCCGGAAUUUAUUAACGAGCCCAAAGACAUCCGAGUAACUGCCGGCAGCAUGGCGACCCUCCAGUGCAAGGCAAAGGGCGAACCGAGUCCGCAGAUAGCGUGGCAAAAGGAUGGCGGCAACGAUUUCCCGGCCGCGAGGGAAAGAAGAAUGCACAUGAUGCCUACCGAUGACGUUUUCUUCAUCAUGGGGGUGAAACCUGCCGACAGCGGAAUGUAUUCCUGCACGGCUCAAAAUUUAGCCGGCGUGAAGGUUGCGAACGCAACGCUCACUGUACUCGAGACCCCGUCUUUCGUGAAACCCAUGGAGAAUAAGGAAAUAAUGGCCGGUAGCUCCAUAGUCCUCGAGUGCAUGGCCAGUGGAUCGCCGAGGCCCAAGUUGUCGUGGCGCAAAAACGGUAGCCCGUUACAGGCCACCGAGCGUCACUUUUUUACGGCCGAGGAUCAGCUGUUGAUUAUCGUUGACACAGUUGCCAGCGACGCCGGGAGCUACGAAUGCGAGAUGAACAACUCCCUCGGCAGCGUCGUAGGAGCCUCCCAUCUAACCAUUUAUCCAGCUUCGAGUUCGAUGAUCAACGAGGAUGACAUGCUGGGCCUGCUAAUCAUAACGGUGGUAUGCUGUGCCGUUGGCACGUCGAUUGUCUGGGUGGUAAUAAUAUACCAGACAAGACGACGCCUGAACGCCGUUCAGAAUGCAACCAGGCACCCGCCCACGACCUUCGUUCCAAACGGACCGGAUGCGCAAACGCAAUUAUAUUUGGACACGAGUUCCCAGCAUAGUAAAGAUAGCGGAACGGGCGACAGCACGAAUCCGAGCAGCGACCAACUGCAGCUUUGCUUACCCGAGGAAAUCGUAGCCUGUGCUAUUAAUAACGAGGAAGAGUCGGCUGCGACGAACGGUGACGACCCGCUCUUACGGUACACCAAUCACGAGCGACACAUUCGCGUGCAGCCGGGCUCCGUGGCCUGAGACUGGAAAUCAUCGACGGAAUCGAUAGCCCUCGACGGAGAACUACGUAAAACAUAAAGAGACAAUAAUGAACGACUGCCAACAAUAAACCUACGGCAGGAGGAGCCACAGUAUUUGGAAAUAUUUUUGGGCUCUACGGCUCUGGUAUUCUUCUAACGUCUUCUUCGAAUGGAUGCCUUGGGUCGCCAUGUUCGACCGAAAGACUGAGAUGAAAGUAACGGUCCUAUUAGCACACGAGAUAUGAGUUGCGGCCGACUUGACAUGCAACCGACUUGGGACUAAUGAUUGCAAGAAAGUCGGCGGGCCAUUAUAUACGGUAUAGCUGCGUGCGACAACUAUUGCCAUCCUGAGGCAAACCGGUGCAGAAGGGAUGAGCUCGAAAGUACGCAAGUGUAAAUAGUUAGAGUAUAAGAGGCGGCGUUUCUUUGCCGCACGUUGGUGUUAAUCGUGUACGCUCAUCGUCCCGUUGUCACGAACGGAAUGGUACUAGCUGCAUUUCUCAACUUACGAUUGAUGCAAUUACUCCGAAUGAUCUUAGACGGAGACAUUUCUGUAGCGACGUAUGCUUCAACGUAACUGCAUACAUUUAAAGUAAUAGGUGCAGUCGAGUUUCUUAAGUAACGCGACCGUACAGGCCUUAGCUCUGCUAAUGACAUCCAUGAAUCGCAAGAGCCACGUAUACUAGACCAGCCUUUUGUGAUAGAUAUUUAUUUUAGCAUUAAUUUGUAUUAGAUAGUUAUUUAUGUCGCUGCGUCUCGUUAGGUAUGACUUUUUUUUUUUUAACUUGCAACCGAACGGACGACAGUUUAAUCAUUUUCUCGCCCAGACGCGAUUAUUAUCGUAGAAAAUGAUACCGUCUUCCUUGUUUCCGUUUUAGCCGAUCGAGAUGCGCAAACGCCAUCGCGAAUUGAUUUAAUUCUAUAGGAAAUGUUAACGCUCACCGUAUCAGUAAGCGUGGCAUUAUGCGAGCAUAUUUCCUUAGUAUUAUACAUUUACUAAGAUCCCCUAGGUAACAUACGUUUUGUUGACUAAUUUACUACGGAUAUCGUGCAGACUAGCAACGAUUCUUCAUUUUUUUUUUGUAUACAUUUAUAUAUAUAUUGUACGUAUGUGUAUGACUAUACGCGAGGAACUGUAUAUUUACAUUUAUUUUAUCGACUUAAGGGGGAAUGGGACGUUUCAUAAAAGAUCAAGAUGACCGUCCUGCCACGUAACGGCAAGCAGGGCUGCCAGUACGGAUUUUUCAUCAGUAUUUAUAUAUUUUUUUCUUUCUGAUAAAUAAUUGAAAAAUCGGGCUCCGCAGGGAAAGUUAUAUUUUCGGAAGGCUGCGAUUCCAUCCAUUCAAGUCAUUCAAUGUACAUCCUGUACAGACAUUUUUGGGUGCAAAGUUCCCCCACUUCCAGCUCUCGUGGGUGUGAAAACCCACAUAGAGAAAAUGAUGGUACCAUUCCUCCUUAAACGCGACCUGAGAACGCGGUGUUCUCCGAGUUUAAAAAAAAGAAAAUCGAUCACACUGUAUUCCAACAAACUCGCGUGUGACGUAUUCACCCUAAUCGUUUACUUGAGGAGGAUCCAACAUGUGCUUCGAUUUUUUUUCCUUUUUUAAGAAGCAUCGACACGCGUACAAAAUCGGACAUAAACCCGGUGCGAAGUUUACUUACGGAUUAUCGAUUAAUCGCUACGUCCCAAGUGUAUACCCGAGGGUCGUACUAAUGUAUUUUACGUGAUAGUCAGUGUCGAUUUUUUUUUCCCCCCCCCUAUAAUUAUAAGUAUUAGAGUGUAUCGCGGACAGAAGGACGCUCCAUGGUAGAAUGGUUAUUCGGAGCUCGUUAGAAAGUCACUAUUAAUAUUUUUUUUUUCUUAGUAACGCUGCACGCGGUACACCCAGUAAGGCGUCCGUUUUGAUUCAGUAUUUUCCUUGUUACUACGAGAUAAUGUGAAGAAAUAUAAGUAACUCAUAAACGCGACUGUUCUUGUGUUUGUUCAAUGUCGCGAAUAAUGCUCAACGAGCCCGUAAUUAUCGCGCCCUUCCUUACCGACGUAUCGCGCUUUUCGACUCAAUUGUAAAGCUCGCGUGUUUGUAACGAGGGACUCGACGGAGAAAAAUCGUUAUUCGGGACUUCUCUUUACAUUUAUUAGAAGCCAUGUUGUACACAUACAUAAACAUACACGACACAUCCGCUUCUUCCUUAA